AUGCAUCAAGAUCCCAAUGACACUAUGCAGUCAGGCAUAUCAGACAUACCCCCCACGCAACCCGUCGUGGAGCACGACCCAAAACACCCAUCACAGCCCUCAACACGCACCCCAGAAGCCAUGCAACAGCCGCCUGAGUCCCCAAGACACACUUCAGAAGCCAUGAAGCAGCCUGAGUCACCGAAACACAUCUCAGAAGGCAGGAAACCUCCGUCUGAGCCCACAGAAGACAUGAAGCAGCCAUCUGAGCCUCCAAAACGCACCUCAUAUGCCCCAAAGCCCACCUCGUCAACGCUGAACGACUCCGCCUUCACACCGCUGUCAAUGCGAGCCCUCUACUACACCCCGGACGGAGCAGACAGCGACACACCGGACGGGAUCCCGGAAGGAGAAAUCAGCGACGCCAUCUCACCCGACACAAGCACCAGCAUCGUCCGCCAGAAAGGGACGAACCUCGUCUUCGAUCCUGGGUUCCCAACCCCACAGCCCUCCCCCUCAGCAAUACCUGCUGAAGAUCUCCACAGCAGCCUUCUGUCACGACGAGAUCCUCUCUGCGGGACAAUCAUCAGCACGCCACGCGAAGACGACGAGCGGGAAGAAGGCCCGAAGUUCAAGAUCGGCGAUGUAGUCUUCGGUGUGGUGAGCUAUACGCGUGACGGCGGAGCCGCAGACUACGCAGUUGCAACUGAGAGCGAGCUAGCGCUGAAACCGGAUAAUAUCACUGUUGCUGGAGCAGCAGCGCUUGCGUUACCAGCAUUGACAGCUUGGCAGGCCCUUUUUCGAUAUGCCGGGCUUGAUCCCGACGUGCCGGGCGGGCUGAGCGAGGUCAGUGAGGAGCUCGGGGGUGGGAAUGGGAUGGGGGGCUGGCUUUGGCAGCGUCAACGCCGCCAGUCUGUGCUCGGUAGCCAGGAUUAUGGCUACGGGCACCGCAAAAGCACAGUCGCCAGUAACGGCGGUCUGCUAGAGGGGACAACCAGUGGUAAUGGUAAUGGGAACGGGAACGGGCGUUGGAUCUGGCAGUGGAAUCGCGGCGGCUCGAAACCGAAUGGCAAUGGUAAUGGCACCGCCAAUGGGAAUGACGCUGACAUUGACCACAUCCCUCCCGGUGCUAGAGCGGCCAACCCCACUCGCAGUCAUAUGAAUGUGCGUCGCGAGAGCCUAAUGAGUCUCCUCAGCGGUAAUCCCAGCGGCAAGAAAACCAUUCAUCGUGCCGCCAGCACAAUUGACCCCAAUCCCAAGCGUACUGUCCGUCGAAGCAGUUUAAUCGGCCUGAUCAAAGGCAGCACCGACCCUCCAGCUACUCGUGCUGCCAGCACAGUCGAUUCCGCAGCUAAUGGCGAUGCCGACAACAAUACCCGUGGCGCCAGCCUCAACCGCACCAACGGCAACGCUACCCCUGGACGGCGUGCCAGCCUGCUAGGAAGCAUAAUUGGCAACGCGAAUACCAACGGCAACGGGAGGCAAAAACCGCCUAAGAUCCGAGUCCUCGUCACCAACGCCCGUAGCAACGAUAUCGGCCGCAUUGCGGUACAGAUCCUGCGAGCUGAUUCGCUCUUCCCCGCGCCCGUCCGGCCGUGGAUCUGUGUAACCUGCACGCAAGUCGAAGCCGACAUCAUUGAGAAGGACUGGGAAGUGGACGAGAUAGUCAUCAUCCCGCACCUCCCCUCACGGGAGGAGUGUAAUAUCGAGAAGGUGUUCCGCGCGCGCCGCUGGGAGCCGGUUGAUAUCGUGCUUGACUGUUCCGGCGGCGAAGUAUUCCGCGCGGCUCAUGCUGCGGGUGUUGUUAAGGACUAUGGGGCUGUGUUGACUGUUGUGGAUGGCCAGGUUGCGCUGCAGUCUCCGCUUGUUCCUGAGAAUGAUGUUCUGGGCGAGAGGAGGCGUGGGAUUAAGAGCCGGUUUGUGCCUGUUAAUCCUGACGGGGCGGCUAUGGAGCGGAUUGCGGAGUUGGUUGAGGAGAGUCUGGUCCGGGGGAGGGAGAUUACGGUUGUUGAUAUUCCCCGUGCGGCGGAUCUGUUGGCUGCUGGAGCUGCUGGGACGGCGGGGAGUCGACGUGGUGGGAUGGUAGUUGUUAGGGUUAAUAGUGUUUAG